AUUCGUUCAUUCGUGUGUAUCCACCUUAAUGCAUCAAAAUUACAUACGCAUGCGCCGUUGACCCCGACACCCAGUUAUUGUCCUGUCCUCGUGAUACGCUCGUCGGAGUAACGGAGCGAGUGUACGAAAGAUUGUAUCAACGAUAUUGCAGACUUAACGAAAGAUUCCUCAGAAAUGACGAGUCAUAAUUACCUGAGCGACCCGAAGAAUCCGUUCUUUUCAUUGGAGGACGACAUAGACGACGAGACGUUUCUUAGAGUCGCGCCACCCGGAACUCGACCUGUAGAACGUUAUCACGAUAACGACUUUGAGCAGAAACGCCAACAAUUGUUGCAACGUAAAAGGGAUAUAGAGGAACGCACGAUACAAUCCUCCGAAAGAUCAGUCUCACUCUUAAGAGACUCUGAGCAAAUUGGUGCAGCCACAGCUGAGGAAUUAAUCAGGCAAAGAGAACAGCUGCAAAGAACAGAGAAAAGAUUAGAUGAUAUUAACAGUACAUUAAGAUUCAGUCAGAAACAUAUUCAAGGUAUAAAAAGUGUCUUUGGUAGUUUGAAAAAUUACCUCAGCGGUAAAUCUCUGGAUGCUCCGAUACCGUCAACGAAACUGUCAGAAUCUUCUAGUUCUGGAUCUGUAACAUCUCCAGCAUUUUCUAAUUCAUUAGAACAAGUACAAAGUAAUGUGAGCAAUUCAUAUUCGUCAGUGAAAAUAAAGGGAGGCUACGAUGAUAAUGAUUACGAAGAUGCUAGACCUCCUAAGGACAAAGUGACCAAGGCUUUGGAGCAGAAUUUAAAUGAAAUGAGUGGGUCACUGGCGAGACUAAAGAGUCUAGCAAUCGGUCUGUCCGAGGAAAUAGACUCGCAGAAUGAUUUGAUUGAUAACAUCACUGAUAAGACAGAGAAGGCAGAUAUAAUGUUGCAGAAGCAAAACAAGGACAUGUUACAUUUAAUGAAGAAAUAAGUUACAAAAAACCGUCAUUAGAUGUCUCGCUUGUAACACCAUGAUAUUAAUUCUUAUACGAAGUACAGAUGUAUGCUAUACAAUGGAAUGAAUCUUUGACACUUAUUUCUACCGUUGAAUGUGGAAUAUAUACCGCUAAACUCGUGAUUAUACUAUGCGGCGCGUUUUAUAGAAUUUUUCACAAGACGCGAUUGCGAUAAUUAUAAUAUAAUUGUAAUAGUACAACGUUAGAAUGAUUUGUCAUUCUUCACAUGAUCUUUGAUAGAGGAAAGAUCUACUUGAGGGAGAGGGAGAGAGCUGUUGCUGCGAAAUUACAUAUAAUACAAAAGUAUGCUUUAUACAAAAGUAUGCUACACGAGUAUGCUAAAAGAGCCUUUGAUUGACGUUUCUCAAGAUUUUGUAGCUUUUUAAGACAUGAAAGCUGUGAUAAGCGUGCACCACCCAUGUGUAAUGGUUACGUCUUAAGUCGAUAUUUUACUAUCUAUUAAUACAAAACAUUCAUUUUUUAUUGAAAAAAUGAAAAGAUUGGCAAAACAAGUUUCGUAUAUACUGGCAUAUAAUAAUAUGGAAAUUAAAAAUUGUUAGUUUCAUUAUAUUUAAUAAUAUAUCUAUGUUAUGUAUGUAAAAUAUUCGUUGCAUAAUAUUCGUGCGGAUUAAUAUCACUCACUUUCCCUUUUGUGAAGUUAGAUUUCACACACCCAUUCAUUCACCCACAUACACACACACACACACAGACAGUUUAUUUACAGUUUAUAUAACUGAAAAAUAUCCUAUAUGUACUGCGUGCAAAGAAAUGAUUUAUAGAAGACGAAGAGAGUAAAGGUGUAUCAUGUAUAAUAGAAUAGACAAUAAUUGUAUAUACACAUGGUUAUAUAAAAUUCGUCAAAAUUUUAAUGUUCUCUCUUUUAUUAUAAAUUAUAGAUGAUUACUUAUAUCAUUAUAGAUGAUAAGCAAAAUUCUGUGAAACUAUAUCAAUAUGCAAAAGUAAAAGAUAUAAUAAUGAGAAAUGUGUAUG